GCCUACUACGGCGUCCUUCAGUCGGCGCUACCUUGUGAGGGCAGAGAUAGCUGAGGACCUUGAUUCAACAUGGCAAUCAGGUGGGGAAUCUGCAGCGCAGGGAGGAUCAGUCAUGAGUUUACUGUGGCUCUGAAAACUCGUCCUGCAGAAGAACAUCAGAUUGUGGCUGUUGCAGCUCGUAGAUUGGAGGACGCUGAGGAUUUUUCCAGAAAACACAACAUCUCUAAGGCUUACGGCGGCUACGAGGACUUGGCCGCAGAUCCAGACAUAGAUGUUGUGUAUGUUGGAGUCAUCCACCCGUACCAUCUGGAGGCCUGUAAACUUUUCACAAAUGCUAAAAAGAACGUUCUGUGUGAGAAGCCGCUGGUCAUGAACGCCAAGGAAGUGAAAGAGAUUCUGGACUCUGCCAAAAGGAAUGAUGUCCUCCUCAUGGAGGCUGUGUGGACCCGUUUUUUCCAGGCCUCUGUGGAGAUCAGAAGGCUGCUGACUCAGCAGUACAUAGGGGCGGUGAAGAUGGUCCGUGCGGACUAUGGUGUGCCACUGUUGAACGUGCUGAGGGACCCUGAUGGAGCAUUAUUAGAUCUUGGUAUCUAUUGCCUUCAAGUAAUAAAUGUGGUGUACAACGGAGAGAAGCCGGAGAGUAUUCAUGUCAGCGGGGUCUGCAUGGAGACUGGAGUGGAUGAGACUGUGACUGUGAUUCUUAAGUAUUCUAGAAACAGAAUGGCGACAUUCACCUGCUCUGUUGUGGUCAAGCUGCGCAAUGAUGCCAUUAUUGUUGGGACAGAAGGCAAACUCCAGGUCCUUUCACCUAUGUGGUGCCCCACAAAAAUGCUUGUUCUUAGGAAGAUGAGCCAGAACCCGGAACCUGAAUCCUUCUAUACUAUGAACUUUACCAACAUCCCAGGGAAUCGUUGCGAGGCAGAUGAGGUCCGCUACUGUCUGCUCAAUGGACUGAAGGAGAGUCCAGUCAUACCCCUUGCUUACACUCUGCUCCUGGCUGAAAUAGAGGAAGAGAUCCGCCGACAGUUGGAAGUGGCGUACAGCCAGGACUGCCAGUAAAAGUUCAACUU